UUUUCUUCAGUCAGUCAAACGAUGGCCGCCGCGGUGGACGUGUGUUCCGGCCUCGCACAACACAAAACAACUUUGUUACGAGAACUCUGUGAUACUAACGUUUUGGAUGUGCUAGUGAAGAAAGGGUUAUUGAGUUUGAGUGAUCUUGAGGCGAUAACCAGUGCAGUGGGUGCUGAUAAGUGUAACUAUUUCAUUGAAGUUGUUGGUAAACACAGUGGAAGCAAAUUGCGCGAACUCUGUGUGGUACUCAACAAUGAGUGCCCGAAACUGGCCAAAGAACUCAUGAGCGACAGACAAAAACUCUUCAUAAAUGGAUACUCGUGCAAUGGGAAGGAGAACAUGGCCAUCAACCAUAACUUGAAUAGGGAGUCUCCGAGAUCGCGGCGAUCGGUGUCGCAAUGCUCCUGCAGCAGCCUGUCCCGGCGGUCGGCGGCGUCGCCGCUGCCGGUCCUCAACAACACGGUGGAGAUGUACGUGGAACCCGUCGUCGAGGAUACGACAGAGCGCAGCGCGGGAUGGGAGACGCACCGCGUGCGCCUGAGCCGCGUGCCGGGGUACGGGUUCGGCAUCGCCGUGUCGGGCGGGCGCGACAACCCGCACUUCGCCAGCGGGGACCCCUCCAUCGCCGUGUCGGACGUGCUGCGCGGCGGACCGGCCGAGGACAAGCUGCAAGUGAAUGACCGUAUAGUCUCUGUGAACGGCGUGCCCUUGGAGAACGUGGAGUAUGCCCGGGCUGUCCAAGUGCUGAGGGAGUCAGGGGCGGCGGUGUCGCUGGUGGUGCGGCGGAGAGCGCCUGCACCGCCGCCAACAGCACCUACCACCAUCAAGCUGGCGUUAACCAGGAAUGGGAAGAAGGAAGAUUUCGGUAUAGUACUAGGGUGUAAGAUAUACGUGAAGGAGCUAACGAUGCGUGCGCGAGAGCAGCUCAACCAGGCCGGGCAGGGCUUAUGCGAGGGUGACGUCAUCACGCGCAUCAACAACACCUCUGUUACCGACGCCAUGACGCUCAAAGAGGCGAGGAAGCUAGUGGAGUCCUGUAAAGAUAGGCUGAACCUGGUCAUCACGAGAGAACUGAUCAGAGAGGAGACGGUCACCAAUGGGAACUACCAGAACAAUUAUAGCAGUUUAGAAGCCACGCCCCUAAAUUCGUACGGCCCGGGUGCGAGCGCGGGGGCGGGAACGGGCGAGCUGACGUACUCAGGCAGCGGGCAGAACCUGUACGUGGCGGCGCCAGUGCGUGCUGACGGCCGCCGCGACGACCAGCCGCCUAGGCCGCCGCCGCCGAGGAACGACGAUUAUUACAGCAGUAGACGUCAGCUGUACGAAGAGGAUGGGAUGACCAAUCAGAGAAACAAACCACCGAGCGAGCCGCGUCUGAUCAGCUUCCAGAAGGAGGGGUCUGUGGGUUUACGGCUGUGCGGGGGGAACAGAUCGGGGGUGUUCGUGUCGGGGGUCCAGCCCACCAGCCCCGCGGCGCUUCAGGGGUUACAGCCCGCUGAUAAGAUAUUGAAGGUGAACGACAUGGAGAUGAAGGGCGUGACGAGAGAAGAAGCGGUUCUGUUCCUGUUGAGUCUACAGGACCGCAUCGACCUCAUAGUGCAGCACGCGCCGCACGAGUACUCCGCCGUCGCCAGCGGACAGACGCCGGGCGACUCUUUCCACGUGAAGACCCACUUUCACUACACGGAGCCGACGGACGGCGAGAUGCCGUUCCGCAGCGGCGACGUCUUCCACGUCAUCGACACGCUGCACCACGGCACUGUUGGCGCCUGGCACGUCUACAGGAUAGGUCGUAACAACCAAGAGGUACAAAAAGGCACAAUUCCAAACAAAGCGAGGGCGGAGGAGCUCGCCACGGCUCAGUUUAACGCGACCAAGAAGGAACUAUCUGGAGGUGACGGCAAGAACUACUUCUUCCGCAGAAGACGGUCUACCCAUCGACGGACGAAGAGUCUAGGGAAGGAGCACUGGGACGAGGUAGUCCUGUCAGACAGCAUCAGCAAGUUCCCCGCGUACGAGCGCGUGGUGCUGCGGCAACCGGGCUUCGUGCGGCCGGUGGUGGUGCUGGGCGCGCUCGCUGACGUGGCGCGGGAGCGGCUGCCGGCGGAGCACCCGGACAAGUUCGCCUCGCCCAAAAUGGACAACACUCUCGAAGACAGCAAGUCCAAAGCCAGCGGCAUCAUCCGUCUAUCCAGCAUCCGCGGUGUGGUGGAGCGAGGUCUACAUGCGGUACUGGAUAUACCACCCAACGCUGUAGACAGACUCAACUACGCGCAGUUUUAUCCCAUAGUCAUUUUCCUCAAGGCGGACAACAAACAUGUGAUCAAACAGCUACGCAGCGGUCUGCCUAAAACAGCUCACAAAUCGUCCAAGAAGCUCCUAGAACAGUGCCAGCAGAUGGAGCGGGUGUGGGGCCACGUGUUCACCCACACCGUGACGCUCAGCGAGGCCAACCAGGGCACGUGGUUCAACAAGCUCUGCGACCUCAUACAGCGGACGCAGCAGCAGCAGCUGUGGGUCUCGGAGACCAAGAGGCCGGAGCCGUUGUCGGACGACUUCCUCUUCUCCAUGUCGUCGGCCACGGAGAAUCGGCUGUCGUACGCGUCGAGUCCGGAGUCUGAUCUCGAGGUCAGUCCGCCGCCCGCGCCGAGACUCGUCAAGUCGUCGUCGGAUCCGUCGAUAGCGACGACGCAAGACAACAUGGAUAGAGACGACGACAUCGGACAUAUCGACGCCGUGCCCCCGCCGUAUACGCAAAACGCCUACGACAGCAAGUAUGGGUUCGCGAACGGCAAUGGACAGACGAACGGCGGGCAGAAUCUGCCGGCCGAGGCGCCGCCGUACCAGAUGAGUCCCAUGACACAAUCCCCUCCGCAGUCGCCGCUUUAUGGAACUGUACCUGAACUACCGCCGCGCGGAGGUAACGGCGGUACGCGCAUGCCGGCGCCGGUGGGCGGAGUCCCGCUGCCCGCGCCGCCCCGCCCCAUGCAGCUGCGACACGCUACGCCGAACCGUCCCAGCGCGCAGGAGCGUCUGUUCGGUAACGGCGCGGCGGGCGACGACGCGGGGACGUACGCGGCGCGCCCCGCCAGCAUGCACCUCAGCCAGCCCGGCUCGCUAGACCGCCACAGACAGCAGCCAAAUUCCUACGAGGGUGCGCCAACGUACGACUACAGUACAAACGCGCCCGCGUCACGCCUCCCGCCCAACGCGCCUGACGACCUCAAAGUAGCCCCGCCCACCAUGAAAAUGGACCCCCCUCCGCCCCCCAACCCGGUGCCGGCGAGUCCACAACGCAACUCCAACUCGCACGAACACAACUCGCUCGAGUAUAGGACGCCGGAGAAUACUUAUAGACCAUCAGAAAAUUACCGCAUGCCGCAAAACCGUCCGCCCAUGAAUGGCAGCCCGCACGCACAGAACAUGCAUAUGCACGCACAACCCCAACCACCGAACCACAACCCACCAAACCACAACCAACAGAAUUCGUAUAGCCAACCACCAAACCCACAAAAUAGUCAUAACCCACAAAACUCUUAUAACCCACAAAACAUGCAGAACUCACAUAAUAUGCAGAAUGCUCAUACACAAAACUCACACACGCAAAACUCACACAUGCAAAACUCACACACGCAGAAUACACAUAUGCAAAACUCGCACACGCAGAAUUCACAUAAUAUGCAAAACUCACACACACAACCGCAUAUGCAGAACCAUACGCACGCUGCGCCCGCGCACGCCCGCGGCCCCUCCCUGCCAAGCGUGCCGACCAACGAUCAUGCCAAAUACAGUGGGCGUACAAACUCCGCAUCGACGGCGGACUACAGCUCGCGGACGUACAAGCCGGUGCCGCCGCCCAAACCCAAACACUACCGCCCGCCAGACCAGCCCAGACCGAACAUGGACGCUGGCGGCGGCGGAGGCGGGGCCGGUGCGGGCGCGCCGCAGUUCGCGCACGCACACUCCCACUCGCAGCCUGCGCCGCGCCCGCAUCCACACUCCAACUACCAUCAGGGUAUGUACGCGGGUGGGGGCGGAGCGGGAGGCGGGGCCGGGGGCGGGGCGGGGCUACAGUCGCCGCCGUACGCGGGCCCGCCGCACCACCGCGCGCUCAACUUGCCGCACAACCCACAUCUUAUUGACUUGGCAGGUAGCAGAGAGCAGCGCGGGUCGGCUUUCGAGCUGUACCGCAAACCGCAGCAUAUGCACAACAUGAGUUCCUCCGAUGCCAUGAACUCCAGUAUGGAACCCGACGAAUCGUUCUCGCCAAAAACUAAAAAGAAGCUCUCGAAAAAACCCUCCUUCAUUAAAAACGCCGUACUCGACCUGUUCCGCUCGAAAACGAAAAACUCCCAAAAAGUCUCGCGGCAGAAGUCACUGUGCGAAAGUGACCUGCAGCAGAGAUACGAAAACCAGAUGCCGAUGCUGAGGCGAGAGAAGUCAGAUCUGGGCGAUCUGACCGUCCACAUGAGAAACACUCAAAUUCGAAACCAAAUGUUGCAACGAAGCAACUCGUCCUCAUGCGAAAAGUCCGUCCUGAAACCGAUCCUCAAGAGGCAGAGCUCCUUCUGCGACGACAGAAGCGGCUCCGUUUGUACGGUCAGAGACUACGACACCAAACCCAUCGUGAAGAACCUGAGAAGGCAGAGUUCCAUGUGCGAGAUGGAAACUGAACCCAAAGUUACCCCGCUCCUGCGUAGGCAGAACUCCCUCAUAGAAUAUAAUAGGAGGAAUCCCGCUUACGGCCCGAACUCCAGCUUUAAUAUGAUUACCAAAAUAGACCCUAUUUACCAAAGACAGCAGCAGAUGACGCACGAACCGUUUUACCCCACGCAACCGCUACCUCCUGAACCACUGUACCAAAGCAAAGAACAUAUAGUUUACGAUCCCAUACCUAAACCUAGGAGGACGUAUGCAUCUUUAUACGAUACCUCGAGUGAGAACCCGUACGCGACGCGUUCCGAGAUCUCCAAUCAGAGUUUCGAAAGCAAUUAUAGCAAUCGCGAAACAUUGCCGAUGCCAGUGAUGGAAUCACCGUAUGCGUCGAGAGCAGAAUGCAUACGAGACAAUCCGUACGCUACCAGAAAUGAGGUUUCUGAAAAUCCUUACUCUUCCAAACAGGAGAUGGGCAAGAAGCCCGAAUCUCUGUAUAGUGAGUCCCCGUAUUCCAGCAAAGAGCAAAUGUUGCGAAACAGAAUGACCGAAAGCCCCUAUGCCACUAAGGAAGACAUGCUCAGACAGAGAUUUUCCGAGUCACCGUACAAUACCAAGGAGGAGAUGCUCAAACAGAGAAUGGAGGGAUCUUACAGUAAGGAGCCCAUUUAUGGCAAAAGAACUUAUGAACCUCCUCCGAGCACCUCAUGGUCCGAAAGCUCCUAUUCUGUCAGGCCGGAUAGAAGAUUACAUACGCCCAUAAGUUUCCCGGGACGAAUAUCCCCUAUGAGUAAAUGUAUGAGCGAACCUCCCUAUGCAACUAGGUCAGAGAUGUUAGGGAGAUUGGGCCAAACCGAAUCACCUUAUGCUACACGAGCAGAGGUAAAAUCUAGCUGUUCUGAAAACAACUACAAUAUGCAAAAUGAAAUGUCAGAUAAUAUACCACACAAAAGGCCUGCAUCCGCAGAGUGCACAUAUGUUACAAAACAGGAAAUCCUGUCGCAAAAGGCUGCCCUCCUGAUGAAUAAAGAUUCUUCCUACGGCAAAUUAGAAGAAAAAUUAGAAAUAAUAAGGCAGAGAAAUCAGGCCAAGAAAGAGAAAAUAUAUCAAACUAGAUUGGAAGCGAACGAAUGUGAUUCGAUGAAAAUAAGAGAACCUUUGUACGUUUCAAAGAGGGAACUCAAGGAAAGUGUUAUAUACGAAUCACAACAGGAGGCUAAAGAAAUACAACCGACGCUGAAUUCCGACGGAAGUGCCAGAAGUAGUCCGUACGAACUCAGCGAUGUAAAUCAUUUGUCGCGUAGAGAAUCCCUCUACCAGACUAAAGCUGAAGCUCAGAAUGGCGAGCUCGAACCGUUUCAGGAGAUAGAUUUUUCGAAACUAAGAUUAACAGAAUCACAGACUGAUUCCGAAAAGGAAAAAUCUAAAAAUAUCGAGAGUAGCAUACUGAAAGGUGAACCGGUGUACGCACCAAGAUUGCACGGAAAGGCCGAGCACAUUUCCAAUGCUCUCAAAGUGACCACAUCCCCAGUACCGUACGAUUCUAGUACUUCCAUGGAGACUCACUACGCAUCAGAAUGUAGUAUGAACUUCGAAAACAAACCUCAGAGUACGCCGUACACGUCUCAGGACUUGCUAGAGAAGACGAAACCGAACCGAACGGUGACGUUCUGCGAGCAAAUAUUGGAGAAAAGCGAAAACAGCAACGAUAACUCGGAGAACACGAGCAAAAACGACUCGACAGUUGUGAACAACGAGUGCACGAUAAAGAAUGAGUCGGCGGAAGGUGAAAAAGUGGAGCCAGACGGGCCUCAUACGACGUGGGGAAUAUUCGACAGCGAAGGUGGCAUGUUGGAGGACAGACACUGGGGAGUGUCCCUGAUCAUCCCCCCCAAGGCCAUAGCUCCAGGGAUCAAACAGAAAAUAUAUUUCACGGUAUCGGACCCGCGGCUGAGCCAGCGAGUGGGGGGCCCGCCCAUCGAUAUGGAUAACGGUGAAGCCAUGCUGUCCCCACUGGUAAUGUGCGGGCCGCAGGGUCUGGUGUUCCUCAAGCCGGUGACUCUGCGCCUGCCGCACUGCGCCAACGCCGUGCCCUCCCUAGGCCUCACCAUCAAGGCCACGGACACGGAGGCCCAUCUGAGUACCGACUGGGACCAGAUCCACCUCCCAGCUACUACUACACUCAACACUGUUGCGGUUAAAGUUGACCACUUUUAGGUUCAUUCCUUUCAGGUGGGUUACGACUCCCACACAAAACUGCGAGUUCGCAUCGCAUAGCAUCGCAAUAUCAUUUUUAUUAUGAGUUUUGUAGCAGAUAGUUGCGAUGCGAUGCGAAUUCGCAGUUAUGUGCGGGAGCCCUUAGCCCAUGUAUUAUGUGAAAGCUUCUAGGAUAUAAUAUUACUGCAAUGUUUUUACGCUAGAGGUAGCAU